CGCGGUAUCGCCGAGACCUGGCAUCCGUCGGACACAGUAUCCUCCUCCUCUGGAACCCUGAGUCGUAACUCCGACGUGCUGCAUGUAACCUCCUCUACUGCUGGCACAAUACCAGACCCCUCACAAACUCCCCAGCGACGACCACCCUACCCCUCCCUCUCUCAUGACUACUUACGUUUCUCCAGUGACGGUGGCCUCUCCGCCAUGGACUACACUCAGGGGGCCGCCGCUUUGAUGACCGCCAAUACACAACAGGUCCCCUACUUUGAUUCCGGUAAUGCUUACGCUGCCUGGAGCGAUGGCAGGAGUGGCACCGGCAACCAGUUUCAGCCCUACGGUUUCUUCACAGAGGCCAUGAACUCUAGACUAAUGCAAAAUGCUCCCUUCCAUUCGAGCUUUGAGGAACUGCAGCCCGUAACCGAUCUGAUCAACAAUUAUACACCACCCACUAAUGCAUAUGAUUCGAUUAACAACAAUCUGGUUGUUUGUAGUAUGCCCCCGCCUCUCCUUUCGGACACUUUCUUCCCUACGGCAUUCAACUGA